UCCGCCACCGUACAUGGUGCUCGCGGAGCAAGGGGGUGACUCGCCCCUCCGACCUCCGCCCCACCGCCGCAACCUUCCUCGGUACCACUCCCACCGCUCCAGCAGUUCCUGUAGCUGCAGAUGCUGUUGGUGCUGGUGCUGCUGCUUCCUCCUGCUCGUUCUCGUCAUCGUCAUUGCCAUCACUGCCUACAUCUCUUUGAUCAUCAAGCCUAGGGUGCCAACGUACUCCGUUGACGACUUCUCCAUCGGAGACCUAAAUCUCAAUCCCACCGAUCUCACCAUCCGCACCAAGUUCAUCGUGACAGUGCGUGCUAAGAACCCCAACGACAUGAUUGGGAUCUGGUACAAGAAUGGCUCCUAUGUCGCGAUCUCGUACCGCAACACAUUGUUGUGCUCCGGCUGCCUGCCGAGCUUCUACCAGGGGCACCACAACACAACAGUGAUGCGGGUGGUGUUGGAGGGGCAGAGCAAGCUUGGAGCCGAGGUCCAUGGGGUGCUCGAGGAGAACCGGCGGACGGGGCGGAUCCCACUUGACGUGUUCGUGAGGGUGCCCGUCGGUCUGCGGGUCUUUAACAUAGACUGGCGGCAGGUCACGGUGAAUGUCACCUGUGCGCUUGUUGUCGACGGCCUAUCGCCCGACAAAAAAGUCGGCAUCAAGUCUGCAGAUUACAAGGUGGAUGUGGAUUUAUAAAUCGUGAUGAUAAAUCCGUUAUGAGCGCUUGUGUUAAACUACCCUUGCCGGCCACAUCUAGAAGUUAUAUCCAUGGUAUUUGAUGUGCCUCCCGAAACAAGGAACAGCUUACCUUUAUAACAUCUGAAUUCAGGUGGGGCCUCCUACGGUCCAAUUGUAGGUAGCUAGGGAUUGGCAUGAGAUAUGAGUGAGGUUUUCGGGAUGAGAGUUUAAAUCCUUGUAUGAUGUAAGUCCAAGUGUUCCUUGACUAAGAAAGCAAGGAUUUUGCUUUAAUGGCUGAUUACUUCUCGGUUUUUAAGAAGAAGGCUUAGCAUAAUAUAAAUGAAACUUUUCAACUUGGAAAAAA